UCGGGCAGCGUAAAUGCAGGCCCGGGGGCCGCGCAGCAGCAAACCCUCGCAGGUGGCUGCCUGCUGUUUCCCGGGAAGAUCAUGAAACGAGGUCGACUUCCCAGCAGCAGUGAGGAUUCUGACGACAAUGGCAGCUUAUCAACCUGGUCCCAGCAUUCUAGACAUCGGAGGAGUUCAUGCUCCAGGCAUGAAGAUCGGAAACCUUCAGAGGUGUUCAGAACAGACCUGAUCACUGCCAUGAAGCUGCCUGACUCUUACCAGCUGAACGCUGAUGAGUACUAUGUGCUGGCAGAUCCCUGGAGACAGGAAUGGGAGAAGGGAGUUCAGGUGCCAGUCAGUCCAGGAACCAUCCCAGAGCCAGUAGCCAGGGUUGUGUCCGAGUCGAAAGCAGUUAUGUUUACAAGACCUCGGAAGUACAUCCUUUCCUCAGGUUCUGAGCCUCCUGAACUUGGUUAUGUUGACAUUCGAACAUUGGCGGAGAGCGUGUGUCGCUAUGACCUUAAUUACAUGGAUGUAGCUUGGUUGGAAUUGGCCAAUGAAGAAUUUAAAGACAUGGGGAUGCCUGAACUGGAUGAAUACACCAUGGAGAGAAUUAUGGAAGAAUUUGAACAGCGAUGCUAUGACAACAUGAAUCAUGCUAUUGAGACCGAGGAAGGACUUGGAAUUGAGUAUGACGAGGAUGUUGUCUGUGACGUUUGUCAGUCUCCGGAUGGUGAAGAUGGCAAUGAGAUGGUGUUCUGUGACAAAUGCAAUAUUUGUGUUCAUCAGGCAUGCUAUGGUAUCCUUAAAGUCCCAGAAGGCAGUUGGUUAUGCCGAACCUGUGCUCUUGGUGUUCAGCCAAAGUGUUUGUUGUGUCCCAAGAAAGGAGGAGCCAUGAAGCCAACUCGAAGUGGGACCAAGUGGGUCCAUGUUAGUUGUGCCCUUUGGAUUCCUGAGGUGAGCAUUGGCAGCCCAGAAAAGAUGGAACCCAUCACAAAGGUCUCCCAUAUUCCCAGCAGCAGAUGGGCUCUGGUAUGCAGUCUUUGCAAUGAGAAAGUUGGGGCAUCCAUACAGUGUUCCGUGAAAAACUGCCGCACAGCUUUCCAUGUCACUUGUGCAUUUGACCGUGGCUUAGAAAUGAAGACCAUUCUGGCUGAUAAUGAUGAAGUCAAAUUCAAGUCAUACUGCCCAAAACAUAGUUCCACCAAGAAGCCAGAGGAGGAAAACCUAAGUGAAUUCAUCAAUCAGGAGAAUGAGAAUGGAGCACAGGACAAUUCUCCUCCUACUCACCUGGAGUCUUUUGACAGCAUGGAUCAAAAUCAGGAGGAAGCCCACAGGGUGAGCGUCCGCAAGCAGAAGCUUCAGCAACUAGAGGAUGAGUUUUAUGCCUUUGUCAAUGCUUCGGAAGUGGCCAAGGCUCUGCAGCUUCCAGAAGAUUCUGUAGAAUUCUUGUACCAGUACUGGAAGCUGAAGAGGAAAUCUAACUUCAACAAACCUUUGAUCACCCCAAAGAAAGAUGAGGAGGACAAUCUGGCCAAACGAGAACAGGAUGUUCUGUUCAGGCGACUACAGCUUUUCACCCAUCUUCGCCAGGAUUUGGAAAGGGUACGCAAUCUAACAUACAUGGUGACCCGACGAGAAAAAAUUAAAAGAUCUGUUUGCAAAGUCCAGGAACAGAUUUUCAAUCUCUAUACAAAUCUUGUAGAACAUGAAAGAGUUUCAGGUAUGCCCUCCUCUUUCUCUACUAUGGAAAAUAUGGUGCUUUUCAACAGUUCACCUUUGGGACCAGAUGCACCUAAGAUAGAAGAUUUGAAGUGGCAUUCUGCUUUCUUUAGGAAGCAAAUGGGCAAGUCUUUUAGUCAUUCAUUGAAAAAGACACAGAAGAGAGAACGAAUGAGGCAUGAUGACAAACCCUUACUCAAGCAGCCCAGUCAAAGGGAAGGCCUUACAACUGCAGCUAGCUUUUUCAGUUUUGAAAAGACCUUUGCAGAAGCACAAAUUGGAUCAGCUCUACAGAAGAAUGGUGUUACAGCAGACCACAGGAAGAGAAGAGACAAUCAUUCCCAUUGUGACGUGAUGAAAGUGGGACUGAAGGAAAAACCUUCCAAACACAUCCACAAACCACUGAGAUCUAACGAACUGUCUCAGAGGCAACUGGAAAAUAAAAAAGCCGUGAACCACCCAAGUGGGAGGUCAGCGCCUGGAACCAGGAGGGAUAUGGUGCCUAAAUGCAAUGGAUCUUUUUUCAAAAUAAACUAUAACCCGACUCCAGUAAAAGUGCCUACGACACCAAGAAGCCCUGUGAAAAACUGGGGAGGAUUCAGAAUUCCAAAGAAAGGGGAGAGGCAACAGCAGGGGGAGGGACAGGAAGAUGCGUGCCGCCAAAACUCUAACUACCAUUACUCUGGCUUGGGUCGAGUUUCUCCGAAGGACAAGGCAAAAAACAACCUAAAAGUGGACAGCGAGAACGACGGGUAUGUCCCAGAUGCUGAGAUGAGUGAUUCAGAAACUGAGGUGGCUGAGAAGAAAUGCCGGCAGCAAAGGCUUGGUUCAAACAGUACUAUUGCUAGGAGGACAGACAUUAUUAGGAGAAGCAUCCUUGCCUCCUGACUGGAGAGUGAAACACAGUAGCAGCACUGGAGUCAGUGACGUUCCCAGCCUGGAAAAUCCACUCUGCAUUAUUUAUUGGUGUGACAAAGAGGGAGGGUCUUUCAGAUAUGGCUACAAGAUCAAACUGCAAACCAGCCCCCCACCUUUCCCCCAGGCAGCAGAAACAUGUUUACGUGUACUUGACAUAGAGUUUGCCCUUUGUCUGUCCCCAUUUCGGAGAGGUUUGAACUUCCUUUAUUUGCAGAAAUAAUCAGAAAAAUGGCCUGGCUACUCUAUUAGAUCACUAGGCUGAACACUUUAAAAACAAAAUGAAACACUUAAGAGCAAGGAGGGUAGAUUUGGGGGGCGGGGCGGGGUGGGCUCAUAGUUGAAAUGGAUAGCACUGAGGUUUUUCCUCCCUGUCCCUGAAAAGCACAAGCUGUUAGUUAAUCAAGUGUAUGAUGGAUUAAAUAAGGUGGUUAUUACCAUCCUGCACUGCUGAGUCCAUUCUAAAUUGUCACUUUUGUCAAGCUGUGUUAGGACUAAGUCCUAGUAGGCUUUAGUUUUUGUUGUCAUUGCUUUAGAAUUCAAGGGAUUUGGGCAGCUGAAAAUCUUUGUAACUGCAAAAGGUUUUUCAUAUAAAGCCCAUCAAACAGGUAAGAGUUUACCAUGACUACUAGAGAAAACUAAAGGGAUGAAUCAAAGCUGCCCCAUGGAAAAGAACAGCAACAUGUAGUGCUACUCAGAAAGGACCCAGACUGAGAGUGGAUGAAAACAACUGAGCUCCCCUUACUGGAGAGCAAAAGUGUCUUAAAAUGCUUUUAUUAUUCUGAGAAGGAAGAAUUUUAGCCUGCUGUCCUAUACUGCCCAUCUAGGCACCUUCCCUGCUAGAAUAUCACAACAAUUCAAGUGGGAAAGGAAGAGGGCAAGUCUGUAUUGCAAAUAUAAAUAGGUUUUGCUGUUGUGGGUUCCAUUCCCUUCUCCACUCAAGAACCAUGGGAAUUGUAGUUCAGUAAUGGGUGACAAGGUUUUUCAACAAAGAAUUUGUUCUCAUCAUCUCCCCCAGACUACAGUUCCCAUGUUUCCUUGGGAAAAGCCAUGACAGGUUAACGGGUUGAAAUUUGUCAUGAAGAUACGCCCACAUUUCUAAAGGCGCUAGUCAGUAGCCUUUCCCAAUGUGCACUAAUGGUAUGUGUUGGAUAUGAAAGUUUCUGACACAUAAGGGUUACUUUAAAUAAAAAAGAAGGAUGUAAUAAAUAUAUAUGUAUAUUUUUUGAAAAAAAAUGGAAAGGCAAUAAGAUGUGGUAGCGCUUUACAUUUAAGCCAAUUUAACAACAUGAUUUCAUGAAUACAAUUUAGAUUUGAACAAGAAGGCGCUUGUGUUUUGAUUACAUAAUUUCAAAAACAUUGCAAUAACUAGAGAGAAUAAGCCAUCAGCAAUAAGAUGAACAGAUCCUUAAGAUUCCAUUUGCUGCACCCAAGGGAGUGCAUCUGUAAUACACAGCGUAACAGGUAGAUUUAAGCUGCUGUAACCUUUAGGAUACAACUUGGCUAUAAAAUCAGACAUAAUUCAGUCAUAUGAAAGUUUUAAGCAACAGCCUAUUGAAAAGAUAAGAAUAUCCCUCCUCCCAGCCCAUUAUAACAUCAUUAUUCAGCUGCUUACACUAUUUUCUUUCUAGCCCAUUCCGUAAUGGUAAGUAUGUCUGUGAUGCUAUUAAAAAUAUUGAAACCUUGCAAUUGAAUCAAGUCUUCCAGGGGUUUCAGCUGAGAACAACUGGAUUGCUGAUAUUCCAUCUUGCUAUGCAAGUCACCGAAUGGUCAAUAAUAAACUAUAGUCGAGGCAAUUAACACGAUACGUUUUUCUUCAAUACACAUACUCCUGAGUUUCUCAGGGUUGAGAAAUGUAAUGUGUGAACCUGCAUAUAAUAGGCAUAAUUAGCAGCAAUUCCCAUGAUCAUGUUGUGUGAACUAGCCCUCAGCAUUCACUCUCAUUUGCCAUUAGAACAGAGGUGAUAAUCUUAAACUUAGGUAGGGCACAAUUGGGUUGACCCUUUAAAUCAUGGUUUAGAAAUGAGUUGUGUGCUCUUGCCACCUUCCAUCCUACUUUCACCGUGCUUGACUUCCUUUUAUUUCCUGUCUAGCAACUAGCCAUAAUGUGCCCUAAUGUCCAAAUGAUGCUAUCAAGUCAUGGUUAGUUCUUGCAAUCCAAGUAAGAACAAGAGCCAUGAUGGGCUUCUUGUUUUGCGUGCAAGAGUUUUUGGACACCCUGACAAAGAGUGAUUAGUGUUAAAUGGGAAACUGAAAGGGGAGUUGUAGGAGGGCACAAGACCGGCUUGGUAACAAUCAUUCAAGCCAGGAUUUAACCGAAUUAAACUUGAAUGUCUAUGUAAUAACUCUUGCCCAGUAGCUGCUGUGUACAUACUUGGACUUCACUGUAUACACAGAGCUCUACCCAGGCAGGAGCUGUUGCAUGUGCUUCAUUGUAUGGGAAAUUUCCAGCACAAAAUGAAUGGAGCUGCCCUCCUGCUGACCUCUGUAUUCUCAAUGGAGUCCUUUGGAUCAGGAUUACCAAGUAUGUUAAGACCUGUGGGUCUCAACCAUUUUAGGAUAUUGCUAGAGAAGAAAAAUAUUAGUAUGUUCCUGAUUGAGACUACUGACACCGUACCAAUUUGUUGACCAAGUUUGCUGCUUAAAAAACAAUCACAUUAUUGUUAAAUAUAAGUCAAGAGGGACAUGGAAAAUUGAAUUCACUUUUCCAUAUACUUUAUUUCAGGUGAGGGUUGAAUAAAAUAUUAUCAAUUUGACUGCCCUGUAAGGAGUUGUUCAUCAAGCCAUAAGGAAGAAUAAAGUAAAUUGGAUUCUUUUUGAAACAUUAUUCAAUGUUAUGACCAAUUUUGAGAGAGGUAUCAGAUAACAUUUGCACUAUUAGGAAUGCUAGCAUUUGUGCAGAAAGAAUGCCUUAUCUGUUUUGCUCCCCCACCAUGUUUAGGUUAAUAAGCUUUGUGAUAUUUUGAAUAACGCUGAACCAAAAAUUUAAAAAAAAUGAAAAGGAAGAAAAAAAUAGUGCUUUCCCCCAUCCUCUAAUUGCAAAAGUAGGGUAAAAUAUCAGUAUGACCAGCUGUAUAAGUUAGUUUAAUGCCAUACUUAGUACUUAACAAGUGAAGGAUCAUAAAUAAAACAGUAACCGUUACCUAUCACUGCAUUGUUUUUGUUGAUAUGGAAAUGAUCGAUGAUUUAUUGUUAAAUUUCACCUUUUCCUUAUGCAGACUGCCCAAGAAAUCGCUUUGAUUAUAAUUGGUGUACUACAUUAAAAUGUAGACUAAUAAACACUUUUACAAUACUGACUGGAAUGUUAUCUGUUAGGUUCUGGGCAUACACCAAUAUGAAUUGAACGAAAGAUUAUACAUGUCUCGUGUACAAACUUUAAUUAUUUUAAAAAUUUGAAAAAAUCCAUCAUUACAUUUGUAAACCUUGUACAGAGGAUUUUUCACUAUGUGCCUAGCUUUGGUGUCCAUUUGCUCAAGUCUAAAAACGAACAGGUGCAUGAUGACAAAACAGAUAGAAUCAGAUAUAAAAUAUAUGUAGAGAUGACUAUUUUAUAUUACAUGGCCCAAUCCUGUAUUUAUUUUCCUCCCCUUUUUGAAGUAUUUAUAAAGACCUAGUUGAAGAUGGCUGUAUUUUUUGUUAAAAUAUUUAGUAGAAUUGUGCCUUUGUCUGUAUGUGAAUAAAUGCUGUACAUUUUGCAAUACA